AUGGGUCGUAAGUUCUGCGUUGGAGGCAACUGGAAGAUGAAUGGCGACAAGGCCAGCGUCACCGAGCUGUGCAAAACGCUGUCCGCUGGUCCGCUCGAUCCUAACACCGAAGUAGUGGUCGGUUGUCCCGCACCCUACCUGUCGCUGGCCCGCUCCCUGCUGCCGGAAACGAUCGGUGUUGCGGCCCAGAACUGCUACAAGGUGGCAAAGGGUGCGUUCACCGGUGAAAUUUCUCCGGCCAUGUUGAAAGAUCUUGGACUUGGUUGGGUUAUUCUGGGUCACUCGGAGCGGCGUGCCAUCUUUGGUGAAACUGAUGAGCUGAUUGCGGAGAAGGUUGCUCAUGCCCUUGCCGAGGGGUUGAAGGUCAUCGCCUGUAUCGGUGAGACGCUGCAGGAACGCGAAGCCGGCCAAACCGAGGCGGUUUGCUUCCGGCAGACGAAAGCCAUUGCCGCUCAGGUAAAGGACUGGAGCAACGUGGUGGUCGCUUACGAGCCGGUGUGGGCCAUCGGUACCGGCAAGACAGCCACCCCAGAACAGGCACAGGAAGUGCACGCCGCCCUGCGAAAGUGGUUCACCGAGAACGUUUCUGCCGACGUGUCGAAUGGCAUCCGUAUCCAGUACGGAGGUUCGGUAACGGCGGCCAACUGCCGUGAACUCGCUGCCAAGCCCGACAUCGAUGGAUUCCUUGUGGGCGGUGCCUCGUUGAAGCCUGAGUUUAUCCAGAUCGUCAACGCUAGACAGUGA